GGAGUUCGAACUUUGUCCUGGGUGAGCAGAGGGACACAGACUAAGUACGGAUAGACAGAUAUUUUUGUUUUGUCCCAUUUUUUGGCCUUUUUUCAAGGAUAUUUUAGACUGCGUUACCCCUGGGUCACGACAAUGGAGCACUAUUCGGACCAGGGUGGUGAAGGGUUAGAACUCCUCGAUUUGCUCUUUGAUAAGAAUGACGGCAUCUUACGGCAUGAGACUAUGGGACCACAAAGCGAUCAGCUUUGGCCAGUUCAAGAUCCUCAAAUGAUGAUGCCUGCCCAGGGUAAUGAGGACUUCUUCAACGCACUUUUAGGUGGGUACGACUCUGUUUCCGGCUCUCCAGUUUGGUCGCCCUCUCCCAGCGACAGUGGAAUUAGCGAAGAUCCUCAUUCGGAUCACAUUGACAGCCCGCCGCCAACCGCAAGCCCUACUAUGGAGCCUCACGUGGUUGCAUCCCAAGCGCGACACAAUCUCGACACCAACUUCCCAUUUAAUUUCAAUGGCUGGGAGACUGGCUUCUUCCCAGAGAGGGCUGGAGGGAUGCAGCGCACAUCUGAAACGCCACAGGCACAACCGACCACUGGAUUCCCCCUAACUGUCAAGGACCUGCUGCUAUCUGGCACACCAGAGCCUGCCACAAAGGUGACCCAGCAGUCGUACCAGGAGCUGGUUCUCACAGAGGAUGAGAAACGACUACUUGUCAAGGAAGGAGUGACUCUGCCAAAUCAGUUCCCGCUCACCAAGUACGAGGAAAGGAUUCUGAAGAAAAUCCGCCGAAAGAUCCGCAACAAGCAGUCGGCCCAAGAGAGCAGGAAGAAGAAGAAAGAAUACAUCGAUGGCUUGGAGAGCAGGAUGGCGGCGUGCAGCGCGCACAACCAGGAGCUGCAGAGGAAAGUCUUCCAGCUGGAGAAAUGCAACAUCUCCCUGAUGGAACAACUGCGUCGGCUGCAGGCGCUAGUCAUGAAUGGAUCCAACAAACCGGCCCAGACUGGGACCUGCAUUCUGGUGCUGCUUCUGUCUUUCACCUUGAUUCUGCUGCCCAAUCUGAAGCCCUUCACAGAUACCAAGGUCAGCCAACAUGAAGACUUCAGCCCACUGAGAGUUCAUUCUUCCCGCGUGCUGCGCGCCCUCGAGCAUCCGUUCUCCGUGUCAGAAGACUCCAAAAUGCUCCCGCGCUUCUCUGAGGAUAAAAGUAUGGCGGAGAUAGCAUCGCUUCUGGGAAGACUUCACAGGAGACCGGAAUUCACCAAUUACGACCCUGAAUCUCACAACCACAGUUUAGACCAGCAUGACGACCAUCACCAUGGAGACCCCAUCACUGGGCAUGUAGCGACAGUGACCUUGAAUCCACGACGUGGCUCAAGGCGGAGUCCUCAUGCUGAUGAUAUUUGAAGGGCAGAAGGGGAUUUACCCGGGGAUUUGUCAAAACUCCUUCAACAGCGCUUUUGAAGACGGGAGCCAGCUAACAGAUUGCUGGAAGCUCUUCUUUCUGCUGAAGUAAUUUUUAAGAGAUACAGAAAGCUGCUUAUUUAUAUAUUAUCAAACUUUGGAUGAAAUAACAAGUCCAAUUUUAUCUGUUGAUUUGGAAUGCUGCAAAUGCAUUUUCUCUCAUUUUUAAGCUUGCCAGAAGCGCAUAAUAUUUCUUUUUUCCUAAAAAUGCAGUGGGGUCCAAACGAAAAUGUGUUUUUUUUUAAAACGAGGCAUAAUUAUUUUUGCUAGAAUAACUGGCCGACUGAACACUAUCGCGCUUGUUACAAGGCUACAGGCUAUAAAAUACUGAUAUUAAUUAAUUUCAUAAACUUACCUGUAUAUUAUCUUAAAAUCUCCGCUUUGAAGAAAUAGUCCACUACAACGUACAAAACAAUCGGACUAGCAACGAGACGAAUGCUGAAACAAUAUUCCUACGAUAUUAAUAAUGCUCUGAGAUAAAAAAGCUGAGGUAUUUUUUUACUACAAUCGAUAACUGAGACGCAAGAUGGCGACAGCUGCGUUUGUCAAUUAACCAUGGCUUUACUAUAGUAAAAGUGUGGAAAAGUGUAUUUUUUUUUAGCGUACUGAUUUGUAUAACCUCAGUUUUACAACAAAUACCUUGUUUAAACAAUGGUUAGUGUAGCAAAACUGUGGUUUAACUAUAGUAACUGUGUUUUUAUGGUUAUAUUGGUUGUAAAACCAUUGUUAAUUUUCGUAAGAGGCGCGAGAAAAAGUAGCGCCGGUUUCAUUUAAGCAGAUGAGCGGAGUGAUACACAGCGGUGCCAUAGAAAAUAUCAGGCCCCUGGAUGACGAAUCAGAAUCAAUUCCAGAGCGUUGUGGAAUAAAAUCUACAUAAAAAUAUUGUCAUAAUUUGAGUGACAAUAAUAAUAAUAAUAUGAUCUUAUAAAUCUGACCGUUAAUAUGAUCUUAUAAAUCUGACCGCGUUAGUACAAAUUAAUUAAAGAGGUCAGGUUUAAAAUGUUAAAUAUUUUAUAGCUAUUUAACUUUUUUCAUAUUACAGGUUAUUAAAUAUCAUGAAAAAAAAAAAAAAAAAAA